CCUGUGGCUCCUCGUUUCGCGGCUCAGUUGCUUUCGGUCGCUGGCAGUGGGUGCGUCGCUGAGCUCCUGCAGACAGCUGUUCGAUUCGAUCCUUUUCUCGCCGGCAAGGACAACGCGAGUGGAAAAAUACAAAUAAAUUGAGGGGGAAGCCUGGCGGAUGGGGGAUUGCUAGAGCAAAUCAGAGUGAAAGGUCAACAAUGGCUUUGUAGCUUUGUCUCUAAUUACGAGUAUUCCAUUCAGAGCCAAUAAAGGAUUCAAUCCGACGUGCAUUCAUUUAAAUUAAGCGAGAAAAACGUGGAAACUUUUCGCAUCCUUUUGCUUGCAGCAUUGUGUGAAACAAGGGAAAACUUUUAGCCCUGCGUUUUGCGAGUGUCCGCUUGGUUGUGUGUCUGUGUUUGUGUGCAGGCGCUGAUUUAUGUGUUUUGUCCUUGUUCCGCGCCAGGACGAAAGGACUUUUUGCCAUCCCGAUUCGUGUAUGUAGAAAACAUUCCAAGUAAAGAAGCCCAGCAGCGAGAUCUUUCUGGGGAAUCCCUGCCGGGGACAAGCAAACGCAGUCCACUGACGAGGAUGUCGUUCAAGCUCUUUCGCCGCGGAUCGGCACGCUGCAUCGGCCUGCUAUCGGCGUUCGUAACGAUCCUGCUCUGCCUCUACUACAUCUCCAUUGGCCAGCCGAAUCCAACGCCCAUUUCCGAGACGGGUGCCCCAUCGGCGGCAUUGCGGGGUUCACCACUUAGUGGCCUAACUGGUUUCAGCGUCGGAGGAGGUUCAUCCUCAAACAUCCACUUACAGAAGCAGCACAUUGUGAUCGCCUCAAACCAAAAGAGAUCCUCGGAAACAAAGUCGGGACAGACAUCGGGAUCGCCGGAGGUGCAGUCAGAGGAGCAGUACACCAACACUAAUUGGGGCGACAAGUGCUAUGAACUGAUUCAGAGCAAUACGAACAUAACCGCCAGCGAGGAGCACAGCAAGUUUGACUUUCAGCCGGAAUGGAUGCGAUCGAAGGAGUACUGGGAUCGUGGCUUUGAGGAGCGAUUUGAUGCGCAGAAGAAGGACAAACAGCGCCCUCCACUGAAGAUCAUAGUGGUUCCGCACUCCCAUAAUGAUCCUGGCUGGCUAAAGACGUUUACGAACUACUUCCAAUCGGAUUCCCGGCAAAUCCUUAACCUUCUAGUGACCAAGAUGCAGGAAUACACAGACAUGACGUUCAUUUGGUCGGAGAUCAGUUUCCUUCAGCUGUGGUGGGAUCAGGCGCAUCCCACCAAACAGCGAGCACUAAAGCGUUUGAUCGACGCUGGUCGCAUUGAAAUCACCACCGGUGGAUGGGUGAUGACGGAUGAGGCGAAUGUCCACAUCUAUCCGAUGUUAGAUCAGCUCAUCGAGGGCCAUCAGUGGCUUAAAAACAAUCUGAAUGUCACACCGAAAGUGGGCUGGUCCAUAGAUCCAUUCGGUCAUGGCAGCACUGUGCCCUAUCUGCUGUCCGGAGCGAAUUUCGAGGGAACCAUCAUCCAGCGGAUUCAUUACGCCUGGAAGCAGUGGUUUGCACGACAGCAGUCAGGUGACUUCAUCUGGAAACCCUAUUGGAGAAGUAGAAAAGACAAGGAUAGUGCAACUGGUAGCCUACUCACUCACAACAUGCCCUUCGAUAUAUACUCAAUUAAGGGAUCGUGUGGCCCACAUCCUUUCAUCUGUCUAAACUUUGACUUCCGCAAAAUUCCGGGCGAGUACACCGAGUACUCCGUUAAGGCACAGUUCAUCACAGACGACAAUCUAGAGUCAAAAGCGCAGUUGCUGCUGGAGCAAUACGCCAGGACUGCCUCGUUGUUUCCGCAUAACGUGGCCCUCAUUCCAGUGGGCGAUGACUUCCGAUACAACAAGGAUCGCGAGGUGGAUCAGCAGUACCAGAACUACAAGAAGCUCAUUGAUCACAUCAUGGCCAAUCGAAGGCUUUACAAUGCUGAUAUCCGAUUUGGCACUCCCAGUGAUUAUUUCGAGGCCAUCAAGGAGCGCAUGAAGGAUCGCACCCCAGGAUUUCCCACCUUUAAGGGUGACUUUUUUGUCUAUUCCGAUAUUUUUUCGGAGGGCAGACCGGCAUACUGGUCAGGCUACUUCACCACGCGACCGUUCUACAAGCUUCUGAGCUCAGAGCUGGAGCAUCAGCUGCGAUCUGCAGAAAUUGUCUUCACCCUGGCUUACAACACUGCUCGUCAAGCGAAGCGCGAGAACGCGAUUAAGAUAUACGAGAAGAACUACGAGCUUAUCAUUAAUGCAAGGCGGAAUUUGGGGCUGUUCCAGCACCACGAUGCUAUUACUGGUACAUCCAAGGCAGCUGUAAUGAGGGAUUAUGCAAUGCGCCUGUUUGAGAGCACCCAGAACAUGGUGAAGAUGCAGGAAUCCUGCCUAGAGCUUCUUCUUCAAAAGGGUCAGCCUCGACAUCACGGUUUCUUGCUCAGUGAAUUUGAGCGGGAUAACUUCAACAAGCUGCCGCGCAAGAUGCCCAUCCAAAUGGCAAACGGGGACGAGUCGACGCCCACUGUUCCGGCGGGAGAAGGCGGAGCCGGCGGGUCAGUUUCCAUCGGUUCGAUAGGCAGCUUUGUCUUGUACAAUUCGCUGGCUCAAAAGCGGUUGGAAGUCGUCACGCUACGCGUCCAACAUCCCAAUGUAAAGAUACUUAACGACAAGGGUGUAGAAUUGAAUCACAUCCAGAUCAAUCCAGUGUGGAAUAUCACGGAUACCUACGAACAGGGUCUGGGCACAUCCGUAUCUGGCACUGUGGGUCGCAUUCGCACCUCGACGCGCCAGUUCGAAGUGAUGUUCGUGGCGGAGCUGGAACCUUUAUCCCUGAGCACUUAUCGGGUCCAGGUGGAUGAGGUCAACUUCAAGCGAAAUAUAGCAACUAUCUACUGUGACGAUUGCACAGAAUCGCAACCAGCAGCAGUGAGUCCAGCUGAAGAAGCAGAAUCCUCACCGGCUCCAGUUUUUGAGGCGCGUGCCAAGCCAGCGGGCGAUAUACAGUUGGAGAAUCCUCACAUGCGAUUGCUGUUCGACGAGAAGAGCGGUUUUCUGAAGACCAUCACGCGUAAGAACCAGAAGAAGGAGUUGCUCAAGCCGCUUCAAUGCAACAUCAAGUUUGCCGCUUACCGCAGCGCCCAGUUCCACUCUGGUGCAUAUCUCUUCAAGACCGAUCCUGAACAGAGUGAGGCCGAGAAGGAAGUGCUAGAGGGCUAUACGGACAUGCGCAUCAUUAUCACCUCGGGUCCAAUAGCCAGUGAUGUGACUGUCAUUUAUGGACCCUUUUUGGCGCACACGGUGCGCAUCUUUAACACGAGAACUCACCUGGAUGCAGCGAUAUAUGUUGAAAAUGAUAUAGACUUCGAACCGCCACCCAAGAAUCGCGAGACGGAACUAUUCAUGCGAUUUGUCACCAAUAUAGAUAACAUAGCUCAAGUUCCGAUGCCGCGGGAUCCGCUUAAGGAACCAGCCGAUGCGGCUACCAUGCCGGAGCUUCCCGUCUUUUACAGCGAUCAGAACGGUUUCCAGUAUCAUGAACGUAUCAAAGUGCCGGCAAUUGGCAUCGAGGGCAACUACUUCCCGAUAACCUCGGGCGCUUUUAUUCAGGACAGUCGCGUUCGCCUCACCCUGUUGACCACUCAUGCCCAAGGAGCGGCCAGCUAUGAGCCUGGACAGCUGGAGGUAAUGCUGGAUCGGCGUACACUGUACGACGAUUAUCGGGGAAUGGGCGAAGGCGUCGUGGACAGCCGUCUGACGCGGCACAAGUUCUGGCUGCUUGUGGAGGACCUCCCGGGUGGUCAGCAUGUGACUCAGCCACCGAGCUACAAGGUACUCAGUCAGCAGGCUCAGCACCUGGCAAAUGCCUUGCGUUACCCGCCGAAUCUGUACUUUGUAAGCAAUCUGGAGCAGCCAGAACUGGCCUCUGCAUUGCUGCCUUUGGUCAGGCUUUUGCCUAAGGGACCGCUGCCCUGUGACGUGCACCUGACCACCCUGCGCACCCUAUCCGAUCCGGAGCUGCAACUGUUUCCGUCCGCCUCGGCGCUGCUAGUUUUGCAUCGCCAAGGAUUCGAUUGCAGUGUGAGCGCUGGCAGUGAAUUGUCUCUGGAUUCCAUAUGUCCGCUGUCCAGCAAGGGAUUGGGAAAUGUACAGCUGGGUCGGCUCAGCCUGCAUACAAUCGAAGCCACCAGUUUGACGGGGACGGAGCAGAAAUCGUCCAGGGAAAGCUUCCACAUACGUUCUCUGGCCGAGAUCAGUCUAGAACCAAUGGAGCUGCGAACCUUCAACCUUACUUUUCGCUCGGAGGUGUAAGAUGACUACAGUCUAUUUAGCGGAAAUGGUUAUCAUAUUUAUUUGUGGUUUAGUUCUAAUAGUUAGUGGUAAACGCCAAGUGCAAAGUUUUCAGCUUUAUUUAGUUCUUGUCACGUCUACUGUCUGUCUCCAACAGUUUUGAAAGUACAAAGCACACGACAUAGUUAUAAACAUACAAUAGGGUGGUUAGGUUUUUUUUGUUGAAUCAUGUAGAAUGAAAGUUAAUGAAUAAUUUUAAUCAUGUUCGUCUGUUUGAAAGGUCAAAGCGCAAGGAGAAACGAGGCUACGACUAGUUACUUGUUGACUUUUCUGAAAACUUAUAUUUCAUUCAAAAAGGUAUAACUUUUAAACCUACUGCUUAAUACUGCUUACGGGUAGCCAAGAUAUUCUUUUAGCUCAUAUAACCUUUUCGUUUAUGCAAAUCGACCCACCCAAACAAACCUACAGCUUGACUUGGUGCAAUAGGCCAAAAAACCUAACUCGACUGCCCUGAGCAAUGCAUUACGCCUAACUCUCCCAGCUUCAUACUCUAAAAUAUAUGUGCAAUAAACUUGAACUAAAUCGCACCAUGGAAAUGAAACAGCUUAGGUUAAGAACUAGCUUGAUUUUAGAAUGAAAUAUUUAGACAGCAAAUUAAAUAAAUUUUCGUUUUCGUUUGCGCGAUUAGCGUUCGCAUCGAUUUGUUUAGACUGAUUAGCCUAAAACGAUUGCAAAAUUGGCAUGUAAUAUUAAUCUCAAUUAUUCUAUUUAAUCCUAGCCCUUAUCCAGAAUUAACCAAAACGCAAGUGUACGUAGGAAAUAAGUUUUAAAUGAGCAGCGUAGUCGGGUAGCAAAAGGAUAAGCCAAAUAUUACAUUACAUUCACUAGCAAUAUUGUAAAUAGUCGAAUAGGAUUUCCAGGCACGGUAAAAAUAGCUCUAAUAUCCGAUAAACCACUUAGAUCUAAGCUCUCUCUCAGCUCUGGUAUUGUCGUAUACGAGAGUCAUUCAAAUAGUUACUACUGACUACAGAAACAAAGCAUUCACUGCAAGCAAGACAUACACUUUAGAAUAUUCAGAAUGUAGGGAUAAAAACACGAUGGAUGGGAUGGAUUACAUCUAACGGAUAAAACUGUUUUGUGUAUUUAUUUAUAAAAACUUAUAACUAUAUAUCUAAUUGUAUGGAUACAAGAAAAUAAAGUAUUAAAUG